AGGAGGAGGAGGAGGAGGAAGAGGAGGAGGAAGGGUGUCCCUGACCGAGGAGCAGCGCCAUGAGCGGGGGGACGCCCUACAUCGGGAGCAAGAUCAGCCUCAUCUCCAAGGCCGAGAUCCGCUAUGAGGGGAUCCUGUACACCAUCGACACCGAGAACUCCACGGUGGCCCUGGCCAAGGUUCGCUCCUUUGGCACAGAGGACAGACCGACAGACAGGCCCAUCCCCCCUCGCGAUGAGGUCUUCGAGUACAUCAUAUUCCGUGGCAGUGACAUCAAAGACCUGACUGUGUGUGAGCCACCAAAGCCUCAGUGCUCUUUGCCACAGGACCCUGCCAUUGUUCAGUCCUCUCUAGGGUCCUCGAGCAGCUCGUCGUUCCAGUCGGUGGGCUCGUACGGCCCCUUUGGCAGGAUGCCGGCCUACAGCCAGUUCAGCCCCAGCCCGCUCGUGAGCCAGCAGUUCGGGGCUGUGGGAGUCGCAGGAGGUUCUUUAACAUCUUUUGGAACAGACUCUUCAGCCAGUGCCAGCAUGUCCCAAAGCACUGCAGUUGGUUCUGCAUUUACAACAGAUGCAAGAUCUCUAAAAACACAGAUGUCUCAAGGUCGUUCAAGCCCUCAGAUGGAUCACUUGAGAAGGAGCCCCACCAUGGAACAAGCAGUCCAAACAGCUUCAGCCCACUUGCCCACCCCGGCACCAGUGGGGAGGAGGAGUCCUGUCCCAACCAGGCCUUUGGUGUCUGCUGGCCAGAAAUCCUUGGAGAACCCAGAGCACCGACGAGCUGAAGCACACAAGGUUUCAAGAUCAGAAAAUGAACUCAGAAAUGAAAACAAACGACAAAUUGUUCCAGGGGCACCUUCAGCACGGAGAGGCCGCGGAGGCCACAGGGGGGGCCGAGGACGGUUCGGCAUUAGGAGGGAUGGCCCAAUGAAGUUUGAGAAGGACUUCGACUUUGAAAGUGCAAAUGCACAAUUCAACAAGGAGGAAAUUGAUAGAGAGUUUCAUAAUAAACUUAAAUUAAAAGAAGAUAAACUUGAGAAACCAGAGAAGCCUGUAAAUGGAGAAGACAAAGGUGACUCAGGUGUUGAUACCCAAAACAGCGAAGGGAAUGCCGAUGAAGAGGAUCCACUUGGACCCAACUGCUACUAUGACAAAACCAAAUCCUUCUUUGAUAACAUUUCCUGUGAUGACAAUAGGGAACGGCGACCCACCUGGGCCGAGGAGAGGAGGUUGAACGCGGAGACCUUCGGCAUCCCCCUGCGCCCCAACCGCGGCCGCGGCGGCUACCGGGGCAGGGGCGUCAUCGGCUUCCGAGGUGGGAGGGGACGAGGAGGAGGAGGAGGAGGAGGAAGAGGCUCCUUCCCUGCCCCCCGAGGCUUCCGCGGUGGAUUCAGAGGAGGUCGUGGAGGCAGGGAGUUUGCUGACUUUGAAUAUAGGAAAGACAACAAAGUUGCUGCGUAGUCUACAAGAAAGCUGAAACCGGGCGAACGUCUAGAUCUUCUUGAUUCAGAGAAUUAGUUUUGAUCUCUGCAAAGAAUGAAGUUAAUUUGCUGUAUACUUGUCACCAGCACUGGGAUUUAACUAUUUAAUUUCAAAGGGGUGUAAUGCAGUUACUUUUGAAAAAUGGCCAUCUUUGAAAACAGUGAGCAUUAAAUAUAUUUGAGACAGAAGGAUAAGUAAUUUCUUAUGUAUAGUUAAUUAUAAGCAGUACUUCGAUGGAGUUUAAGUAUUUUUUCAUCACUGAAAGGAUUUUUCUUAUUACUAAACUGUAUUUGAUAAUUGCUUCAAGUUGUAAGGACAAUUGUAUGCAGAAGGCCGUCGAUACUGUGAGUGUUUUGACCCACUGAAGGUUGUUUUUUGGAAAUCCUGUAAUAUCCCUUUUGAGGUAGUUGUACUUGUAUCAACUAGGGUGCUGGACAGUAGAAAACUUGCUUUGUCAGUCAGAUAUGUACACACAGUAAAUACUGUUUCUUAGGCAAAGGAAAGUUUUUAUAUAGUUGUAAAAUUCCAUUAUAUCCCAUUGCCAAAGAAACAUUACAAACUUUGUAUAGCUGUAUAAAAAGCAACUAAUUUUUUAAAGAAUAAACAUUUUUAAGUCGGCAAACAUACUGUGUUAUUGCAGAAGUUGAUAUGCUGAAGAACACUGAAGUAGUUGGGUUUUUUUCUUUAGCAGCUUUUCAGGCUUCAAUGUUUGAUUUUAUAUAUGAACUAUAAUGAAGUUUUGAAAAAUGUUCUUCCAUUACACGAGACUGGAUACACGCUUCACUGCUCUUGCAAGAAUUUGAUUUUGUAGUUUCUGGCAUAUCACAGGAUUUGACCAAGUUAAGGAGAUAUUUUCAAAAAAAGGAGAAAAGGAAUUUUCGUAUGUCAAGAUUUGCAAUUAAUUUUACUUAGUGAGAAAUAUUAACUUUUUUUAAUAAUGGACCAGGCACGUGAGUUGGUGAUUCUCCUGGAGUGCCUGGGAAGAAAGUCUGUCUCCAUUUGUCAAUUCUUGAAAUGUUAGCUUUGUUGUAAUACCUGUAGACAUGAGCAAUUUAAAGAAUUCUUAGUGUUUGAAGUUGUUUGCAUUUUGAUAGACCGUAGCUUGGAGACAGGGAGACUCGGGUUGUGAGACCGCCAGGUCACAAAUGACAGAGUAUGGACUUCUGGCCAAUUCGGGAUGAGUAGUUACAACUUUGAUAUGCUGAAAUAGAAACCUGGUCAUUUGUGUCUGUGUAUGUAAAAAUGAAGGCCACAGGAAUAAAGGGAUCCAAAGAUUUACAUCACUUUGAUCUAAUUUGCUGAUUUAUUUUUUCUUUUUUUACUUAAAAAUGUUCAGUGGUGAUAAAGAUGUGGAAAACUGCACUGUUAAAAAAUUGGAAUAUUUAAAAGUGGUUGAUAGAAUCUUAAUUUUAUAACUUUUGUAUAGCACUACAAGGAAGUAUUUUGUAAUUGGUUUCCUUAUUAAGGUCAAGUAUUUGACAGCUGUAGAAGUUAGGUAAUAUUGUUUAGUAAUGUUUUUUGCAUGUUAACAACUGCCUUUUGGGAUCCACAAGUCAUGAUUCUGAACACCUGUUGAGGUUUUUGACCGUAGAGGCAAGUGCUGUCCUGUUGCAAUAACUCUUUACUGUCUGAGGUGUUCCAGCUGUAAAUACCGGGCCGGGAGCUGCGGCCGGGGCCAACCCCUGGGUGUCCCUGCCGCGCCCGGCCAGGCUUUCUGUUUUGUUUUGGUUUUUUUUAUUUUAAACCAGAAUAAACUGUUCAGUAGAA